UGUUUAUAUUAUGUUUUUUUAUAUUUUAUAUUAAAAUUAUUAUUAUGUUUGUUUAUAUUUUAUAUUAAAAAAUUUAUUUUGGCUUUUAAUGUUUGUUUAUAUAAUCACACAUAUUGUUAACACUUACAACCUACAUAGCCAAGGAACAAUCCACCAGUGGUAAAAAUGAGACUUUUUGCAAACCCAGCCCCAGCCAACUUAUAAGAUUCAGAAGGGGGGGGGGGGUUCAUAGCCGGGGCUAGAAAAAAAUAUUUUUUUAAUACUUUUUGUAUUAUAAUUUUAUAUUUACUUUUACUAUUUAUUACAUACUGGCAUAUGUUUAUAUAUUUUUAGACUCUAAUUUACUUUCAACAAGGUUGCAAUCAACCACUAUUAAGUUACGAGUUACUUAAAGAUAGACAGGUUAAAAUACUAGAAAAUGGUUAACUGACGAUUUUAAAAGUUGCAGGAUUUAUUAAAAAUGAGAACACGCAGAUGAGGAAGAGUUAAAAGGUUUUUUUUGAUGUGCAAGAACAAAAAACUGAAUUAAUAAAAUAUUUUAUAGCAUGAAGGGACAGAUACAGUAAAAGGAUGCAACUUGUUGUAUAAGAAGCUAAGUAAGAAUGAGUUUUGGUUUAUCGUAAUAGUGAUGAUAGCUUGUUUGAACAAGGCCAUGAUAGUAUUUGUAGAAAAAAAGAAAGAAAUGCAACUUUACACCAAUGGGAGAGCGGUUCAAACUUGGCAGAUUUAGCAGGUCUAACUACAUUUGCAAUGCUUUUAGACUGUCUGAGAGUAAGAGGGUUGUUAUUUGUCAAUAUAGGAAUGCCAUCAAUAUUGCAAUAUUUUUUUGCAGUAAAUAAGUUUUGUUGCUUAAAAAAUGUAAAUGUGCAAGCCACUGCAAGCCUUAGGCUGUUACAGAAGAGAGCUUUAAAACCUGCGUUUGUUCUAAGCAAUUAAAGAGCAAAGGUUUUUUGUCCAGACAAGGACAAAAAACUAAUAGGCACUUUGGAUGUAAAAUUUUCAUGAAGGUUAUUGUAGAUAAGAAACAUUACUGGAGCAAAGAUAGAACUUUGUGGUACCCUUGUAGUUACUUGAAAUAAAGUGGAGUGAAGGCCUUCAAGAAUAACUUAAAUUCUACAGUUUUGCAGAAAUUCAGCAAUUUUGCAGAAUUCAGCGAAUUUGCAGAAAAAAAUAAUUUAUUAAUCUCAAAAACUUUAUAUAUAGAAACUAAUAAAUGAGUGAAGACUAAUCAUAGGAUAGUUGGAGAGGUCAAAGUGUUUUCUAGAGUUUUUAAAAAUUGAAACCACUCAUUUAGCACUUUUUAAAAGUUAAGUAAAAAUUAAAGAGAAUUCUGGAGAACACUUUUUUAAGACUAAUGGAAAUCUUGUCUAGAGCACAAACUGUAGAAGCCAUAGUGAUUUUAAUGUUUAAUAAUGGGUUAAUUUGUUGAACCGGCAGGAAGAGUAUGAAUUCAAGAGUUUAAUAAGAGUAAGAUUUUUUUGCAUAAAACUCUGCCUUAUUCUGGGGAGAAGUAAAAAGUUAGACCCAUUAAUUAGAUUAAAUGUUAGACUUACUUUAGUUAAUGACACUGUUGAAGAGUUAUCUAAAGUCUCUAGAUCCUAACAUCUGAGAUAAGAAACAAGAUUUAGUAAACUUAGAAUAAAAGAGAUUAAGAUCAGACAGGACUUUUUUACAUUUGCUUCUUGGAAUAAUAAAAGGAUAUUUGUUUAAUAAAGCAACUGCUCAAGAUGGUAAUAAAUGCAGAGUAGGAGGCUUGACCUAAUAUUAAGGAGAAGGAAUCAAAGCUUCCAAGCUUUUAUACCAGAAGGAAUAAAAACUUCCAAGAUGCGCUUUAUGCAAACAUUUUAUGGGUAUAAACAUAUUGCUAUUUAUUUAGAAGAUGGCAAGCAAUAUCCUUUCAUAUUUAUGUAAACUUUAGUAUUUACAUCAUUUAGUCUUUGCCAAAAUAGAAGAUGAUCAGAUGAAUGUGUGUUGUGACUUUAACACAACAAGAAAAGGAUGCAUAUUCUUAGACAGAUUAGAAAAAAGUGUCUUAUCUGACAACAGUUUUUAGAAAAGAUUAAAGUACCAGCAUGUAGAGAGGUAGAAGCUUCAGGAGAAAAUGGUAGUGGUAGAAGUAAGAGAACUUGAAGAGAAUGCCUUAUAUAGUAUGAAUGAGGUUUAGUUAAAUAAAGAAAAUGUUAUAGAUUGUUUAUUAGAGAAACAAUAUAAUAGAGGAAAGUAAAAUGAGGUUUAGUUUAAUAAAUAAAAUAUUAUAGAUUGUUUAAUUUUAUAUGUACCAAUAUAUUAUUGGCGUUGAGAUAUUUAAAUCAAAUACAGUCUUUGACCGGCUUUUAUCAAAUCUUGGAAAAAAAAAAUACAGUGAAGACAGAAAAAACAGCAUCUUUUUUUUUUUUUUUUUUUUUGUUGUUGCUAAAAUACAGUUUUAUAAAUUGCAUCUGAUGUUAAAUAGUUAUCGCAAGUUAUUUUUGAGGCCAUUAAAUAUGCAUGCAGGUAUGGGGGUGUAUGAUGGUUACCCUAAAAUGUAUGAAUGCAAAAAAGGAGGUGGGGGUGUUAAAGACAGCAAGAUCGUACACAGAUUGACUACCUCUCCUAAAACUUAUGUAACAGAGAAAUAUCAAAUUAACUUAAGUUUUUUUUUGUUUUUCAUGUUUUGAAAAAUUCAUACAUUUGGAAAAAGGAGGGGGGUUAAUCUUUUAAUAAAUAAUAUAUACAUUUGCAGAGGAGAGAUCAUUUAAAGAAUACAGGUGCAUACAAAGGGGGCAGGGAGGGUCCUUAAUCAGUGAUUUUACUGCGUAUGUACUUUAUAAAGACCCCUUAACAUAUUUUGUUGGGGGGGGGAAAUGUAUUUGAACAACAAAAGAUAUAAAAUAUAUAACUUUUAUUAAAAUAUGUUACUGUGUUACUAAUAACAAUAUAGUCAAAAGUACCCCUCUGUGGAUAAAACUAACCCAGCAGUGGAGUACAAUUGACCACUCAGAGGGCUAAUAUUAAAAUAUUUGUAGAGUUGAUAAUGAUAGAGCCCAUUACUUUCUAUGCUAGCAAAGUUUUCUUGUUUCUUGUGAUACAUCUAAAAAUAGUUAAAAGCACACUAGGUAAAGAAAUUUUUUCCGUCUUCCCCUACAGCAAUUUUAAUGAGAGUUGUUGGAUGACUUGGUUCUUCAAUAUAGAGGGCAAAACAACUCCAUUUAUUAAUAUAUCCAUAAUUGUAUCUUAUCCAUUUCUGAAUAUUUAAUUUCUGUAUGAUUAUUAAAAGCAUUUAUUAUAGUUGUUUUUAAGUCAAAAAAUAUUUUUAAUUUUAUUUGAAACUCUGAAAAUUAAUAAACAAGGUUGCUGCACAGAAAAAUAGGUUAAGCAUGAUACGCUUUUAGAUAAUAGUUAUCAAUAUAAAACAUAUACAGAUUUUUGUUUUAUAAAAAUCAAUAUAGUUUAUAUUGAUGAUUAAAAUAGCUGCUUAUUAAAUUUCAUUAUAAAGUUAAGUUAUUUAGGGGGUGGUGUUUGUGUGCCCUAAAAUUGUGAAUCCCCACACAUCCUAAAAAUGUUCUUUUUUAUUUAAAUAAAUCUGGUGUUAAUAUUAACUUAAUGUUAAUGUUGAUAUCAUUAAUGCAGCAAAAAAAAAAAAGCAAUACAUUGCUCUUCUAUACUUAUAAGAUUUUAGAUAACUUAAUGUAAAUGAGCGCCAAAAAAUUAUUCUUUGCUAACUUACCAGACCUGGAAUCAUUAAAAGGUUUUAAAGCGACACAUAAUGUAACAAACACAACUGGAAUGCAGCCUACUUGUUGCAGAGAGCUUUUGUUUACAAUGCCAGAUGUACUUGUUUCACCUGCUUUUGAUAAUAAAAAAGACUUGUUUAUUAUUGCCCAGGCAUCAUUGGCUUCAUCACAGAAGUUCUUGAAUCAACUCAAUAAGCUCCAAAUAAAACUUUGCAGUAGAUUAGAUGUAGAUGCAGAAUUUUUCCAGUAUUGCUUGACAUAUAGUAUAUAUCAAAAGUUAGCUCCAUUUUGGAACAAAACUGGCUCUUUUCUUGCACAAGGGCGAAGUUUUUUACAAGAAUGUGAAAAGUUUUCAGCAAUAAGAUUGGAGUUGACUGUGACGGAUAAAAUUUGUUUAACAUUGGAACCAUUUCUUGUGAAAAUGCAGCCUCCAAUGUUAGAAGACUUUAUGAUUGAUUCCCAAGCAGAAUACAAUUUUAAGAGAAUGAAAGGUUUUACAAUCAUGUCAAGUUCAAUACAAGAUCUUAGUUGUUAUGUUUUACCAAGUUUAAAAGAAGGAAAGGUGCACUCAAUAACUCAUGAAAUUCCUUUGAAUGCCCCAUUUAAGUCAUAUGAUGAAAUGAAACAACAUUGGAAAGUAAUGUAUGGUUAUCGUCUUCCAUCAGGUAGUUGCAAUAUGUAUUUUAAUGUCAAGUUUUUUGGUAGUACUAUAUUCACUUAUCCUGAGUGGUGCAUAAGAAAAAUUGAACCAAUAGUAUAUUUUAGAUGUGACUUUGAUGCUAUAUGUAAGCAAUUUUUACAAGAUCUUUUUACAAGAAUGCCAUCUAUGUGUGGAGGGUCAUUGCGUUUUACUAAAGAAAGUUUUCAAUGGCAAAAAUCUUUACUUUCCGCGAAAAAAGGUUCAAACUCAUUUUUAAUAAAAUCUGUUACUCAACUUUCAAAAUCUACACCUCAGGUUCAAAAAGCUUUGAACCCAGCAAGUAGUAAAAAAACAAACUCCACUAAUAUACAAAGGUGCAAAGGAUUUCAGUACAUAAAGUAUCCAGAAAAUACCCAAAAUAACUCAAUUUAUGUUAAUCCAAUUCAAAACAAAACAAUUUGUGUUUCUACUGAAAGGCAUUUGCCACACAAAGGACAGCAAAAUCUAUUUUUAAAUCAUAGUCUAGACAAUUCUAAAACUGUUUUUGAUUCAGAGUUAAAAAUUUCAAAAAACGUUAUUGAUAUACCUGAUUCUCCUUUUGUAGUUACUUCCCCGUGUUUCAUGGAAAAGUUAGCAGAUAGUAACUGCAAUGAAAAGCUCAAUCUAUCUGAUAAAUCUUUCAAUAAUAACUUGUUUACAAGUCAAGAUAUAUGUGUAGUUCCUGAUGUUAACUAUGAUUUGUGUAUAGUUCCAGAUGUUGAAACAGAAUUCACAGACUUUAAAACAGAGAUUUCAGAUAUUGAAACAGAUAUUCCAAGUAUUGAAGUUUCUGUAAAAUCAGUUUACAAUGAGUCUGUUAUUACUGAUUUUACAAACAAAAAGGAAAGUUCUCAACCUCAUAAUUCAAGUAUCGUUGCAAAAAAACAACACAUUUCCCAUAUAAGCCAAAGAAGUAAAACAAAAAAUAGUAAUCUUCUUUAUAAACAAAAUGACGAUAGUGUUGUUCCACUAAAUAAUGAUGAUGGUUAUGUUGUUCCACCUCUUAAAGAUAAUAGUUCUAUUGUUCCACCUAUUAAAGAUAAUAGUUGUGCUGUUCCACUCAAUAAAAAAGAUGGUUGUGUUGUUCCACCUGAUAAAGAUGAUGAUGGUGUUGUUCCACUCAAUAAAGAUAAUGGUUGUGUUGUUUCACUUAAUACAAAUGAAUUCAUAAGUACUGAUAAAAAUGUUUUGGUUUCAAAGAAUAAUUCAAGAAUUAUUCCUUCGUUUAUGCACAAAAAGAAAAUAAUCAGUCAAUGUGAAAUGUCUAUUCAUAGAGAAGUAUCAAAUAUAUCAAAUAUAUGUUCAUCAAAAUUAAAACCAUCUUUUCUGCCUAAAAACAUGCGGCAAGUUUUUAAUAAAGCCGAGACAAGCUCUGCUCAGACAAGAACAAAAAGAUCAUUUCCUUUGCAGUUAGAUAAUCCAAGUGAAAAUGUUAAAAAAUUUAAUCUAAUUAACAGUUUUGAUGUACCUGUUACUUUCUGUAGAAUUCCAGCAGAGUUAUCUCCUAAAAAUACAAACAUUUUAAAAAUACAAUCAAAAAGACAUUCUGCUGAUAGUCUAGCAUUAUGUGAUUCAGUUCCUAAGGUACCUAAAUUUUCUUCUGGUAUUAAAAAAAGUCAAAAAUCAGUGGAAAUUCAAAAACCACAGCAUCCUAAAAUUAAACAUAAACAGAAAAAGGACAACCUAAUAAAUUAUUCAAAACAAAAUCUUACAAUUGAAUGUGUAAAUGUUUCACAAACAUUGGAAAGUUUAUCUUCCCCAUUAAACUUAUGUGCUACAGUAACAUCUUUGGUCGCUGAUACAAAUGUAAAAAAGCAAAGGCCUAAACCAAAAGUACAAGACAUAGAUGUUGAAAGUAUGGCAAAAAAUAAAAUGUUGGGAAAAGUUAAUUUGAUAACACUAAAAAAAUGGUUGAUCGGAAAAGGCGUUUCUUGUAAGUCUACUGAGAAAAAAGAGAUAUUAGUACGAAAAGUGGAGGUUUUUUUAAACAUUUCUCAAGAUAAAUUUGUUUAACAAGCAGGAAACUUGAUUACUUUAAAUUAAGCAAACCAUUAACGAUUAUUCAUCAACUCGCAUUAUAAGUUUUGAAAUGCGAAAAAAGUUAAAUAAUGCUUUUUUUCUUUGUUAAUCAUAACCUAAAAAAAAAUUAAUGAAACACUAAAGAUAA